UGGUACAAGUAAAAAAUAUCAGCUUUUAAGUUUCUCUUUCUUUUCUAGUUCUACACAAUCACCAUCAUUCACCUCACAAUCGCUUUCACUCGACGCCAUUCUAUAUAUUUCUCUUCCCCCCUCCAUUCUCUACGAUCUGCUUCUUCUUGGUAACAGUUUGCAGUACGUUGAGCAUACCAGAGUCUGAGAUGGAAAACGGGGAUCAGUUCCAGGAAAUUUCAAAGGGGAAAUAUGAUUGUCUUUUAUUUGAUCUUGAUGACACCCUUUAUCCUUUGAGUUCUGGAUUGGCUGAGCAAGUGAAAAAAAAUAUUCAGGAGUACAUGCUUCAAAAGCUUUGGAUAUCAGAGGCUAAAGUUCCUGAGUUGUGCUUUUCAUUAUACAAGACUUACGGGACAACCAUGGCCGGUCUCAAGGCUAUUGGCUAUGACUUUGACUAUGAUGACUUUCAUGGCUUUGUUCAUGGGAGAUUGCCAUAUGAUAUGCUGAAACCUGACCCUGUUCUCAGGGGAAUUUUGCUAAGCUUGCCUGUUCGAAAAGUUGUUUUUACAAACUCUGACAAGGCUCAUGCAAGCAGAGUGCUUCAUAGGCUUGGAUUGGAGGAUUGCUUCGAAAGAGUUAUAAGCUUUGAGACCCUUAAUUCCUCCAAUGAAGAUGGCAGUGAAUAUAAACAAAGUUCCACAGAGAUUUUUGAUUUUUAUGAGUACAUUGGCAGGCCUGAUUCUGAUAUCGUGCUUCCAAGGACCCCGGUUGUGUGCAAACCCUUUCAAGAUGCAUAUGAAAAGGUUUUCAAUAUGGCAGAUAUUGACCCUCAAAGAACAUUAUUCUUUGAUGACAGUCUCCGCAAUUUACAAACGGGAAAAUCCUUGGGCCUCCACACUGUCUUGGUGGGUACAUCCGUUCGAACUACGGGAGUGGAUCAUGCCUUAGAGAGCAUCCAUAAUAUGAAGGAGGCAUUUCCAGAACUAUGGGAAGCCAAUGAAAAGCCUGAAAGUGUCGAGUGCUCUAGAAAGGUUUCAAUUGAAACAUCAGUAAUAGCCUAACUUAUUAGUCCAAGUUCUGAGACAUUUGGUGUCUAGUACUGUAUUGGCAAAUGAUGUUGAUUAAUGCAGUUGGAAGAAUUUGGUAUAUUCAUAAAUAAGUUUAUAUUCGCCAUUUUCCCCGUCCUUCUGAAAAUGUGUAAAGAUUCAAGUUAUUCAACUCGAGGCAAAGGCAGUACGUUUAGAAAACAGACAUUGAAAACUUCUUGUGUAGCAUGCCUAAAA